UAGAUUAUAGAGUGGUGAUAAUCUCUUAUCCAUUUUGUUUGAUGAAAGUGCAGAUAGUAAGAAUUGAAGAGCAAUGGCUUCAUCUUCAACACUUUCCACAAGGCUUCAUCUGCACUCUCCCACGUCUCUAACGUCCAUACGAAGCAGAAGACCCAAUUUUCUGAGGAUGCUGACUCGCUCCUGCCUCGAUGAUAGUUCUGCUCUUCUCCGAGCAGCGGAAUACACUGUGGAUUCGUACGUGAAAAGUGGCAUGGUUGUAGGAUUGGGGUCUGGUCAUGCUUCUGGUAUGGCCAUUCAGCAUUUGGGUCGCCAGCUUCGUAAUGGUAAUUUGAAGGAUAUAGUAGGGAUUCCCAUGUCUGUUGCAAGUGCAAGUGAGGCAGCAAAGGCUGGGAUUCCAUUGGAUACCUACAAAGACAGUUCUCAAAUUGAUUUUGCAUUUGAUGAUGCUGAUGCUGUAGAAGAAGGGACACUUGUUGCUAUCAUCGGGCGCCGGAAAUUGCAAGGUGAUGAAUCCAUAAUCCAGGAGAAGUCUAUACUAAAUGCUGCCAGUAAACUUGUGUUCAUUAUCGAAGAUACCCAGUACAAAGAUGGUCUGGAAGGUUCUAUUCCAGUUUUAAUUCAGUCUCUCAACUGGUUGGCUACUGCCGAAGAGAUUGAUGAUAUGUUUCUGGGUGAUGCUGAGGUCUGGAGAAGACCAUCUAUAGGGCAAGCAGGUCCACUAGGAGGUGACUUCCCACUAGUCACCAAAGAAGGACAUAAUGUUCUCGAUGUUAUCUUUACAUCCCCAAUAGAAAGCCUUGCUGAAGUAGCAAAAAGCCUUAAUAGAGUUGAUGGUGUUGUGGACCAUGGUGUGGUAUCGAAAUUCCCAUGCACAGUGGUAAUUGCUUCUCAGACUGGGCUGAAUGUUUUAGACAAAUUGACAGCAGAUAUAGUGGGUUAGGCUUCCGUGCUUAUAGCUCUGCUUUGCACAUGAAUGCAAAUGUGGUGGUGGUUGUUUAUUCCACAUAUUUUUUUCUCCGUUCCAUGCUUCUUGCCUUCCACUUUUUUCCAUCCUCACCCCCUUUCCCCUCAAAUGUUUAUUAUGAAAGAAGAUUAAAAUUAAAGAUAUGAGUCAUUGUUACUGAAUCAAAUGUCAAAGAAAACUUAGGGUUACGUGUGCGUGUGAUACAUGAAAGUUCAUUUGUCUUUAGUUUGUAUAUUCAAUUCCCAAAUGGUUCCAUCAUAAGGGUUGGGGGUUUGCGUACCUUAAUCACACUGCAAUAUAUCAAAACUAUGUUUAUUUACAUAACUCCACAUGACAACAAACACUACAAAGUUAUUAUAUGGCAAGCAAUUGUGUGUUUGUA